GUUUGGUUUUUGUUAUAUAUAAGGUAGUUGCGUCUUAGGGAAAGUUAAUUUUGGAUGAAGAAAUGCAUCAAUUGACGCCGAAAUUUAUUUCCUGUCUCUUCUUUCUUUUGCAGGGUGUUUGGAGCAUUCCAUUUGAAGUCGGACUGUCAUUUGGAGAUACCAGUAAAGGAAGAUUACAAUUUGGGCUGAAUGGCACAAAUCAAAUAGGAUCAGAAAUCACCAAUGGAGUUGAUUCAGGGAUUCAGCUAAUUGGAAAUGGAGUAACACUUGGAAUUGAUGGUGCAACCAAAUUAGGCUCAGAUAUUGCUAAUGGCAUAUUAGGUUCAGGAGUAAAAUUUAUAGGUGACGGUGUGAAAUUAGGAAAUGAUAUUGCAUCACAGGCUUCAUUAGGAUUUGCAAAUGGAAUUGGAUCAGGAAUAAAAUUAGUUGGUGAUGGAUUAAAAUUGGGAGUUGAUGGAGCAACAAAUGUAGGUUCAGGAAUUGCCAAUGGAAUAGGUUCAGGAAUCAAACUUUUGGGUGAUGGACUGAAGUUGGGAGUGGAUACUACAACACAAACGUCUUCCGGUAUUGCUAAUGGUGUUGGUUCUGGUAUUAAACUAGUUGGUGAUGGAUUAAAACUGGGAGUUGAUGGAGCAACAAAUGCAGGUUCAGGAAUUGCCAAUGGUAUCGGCUCAGGAAUUAAACUUUUGGGAGAUGGACUGAAGUUGGGACUGGAUGGCACAACACAAACAGCUUCUGGAAUAGCGAAUGGCGUUAGUUCUGGUAUUAAGUUAGCUAGUGAUGGAGUUAAACUGGGGGUUGAUGGUGCAACAAAAGUAGGCUCAGAUAUCGCCAAUGGCAUAUUAAGUUCAGGAGUAAAAUUGAUCGGUGAUGGUGUGAAAUUGGGAAGUGAUAUUGCAUUGCAAGGUUCUUUGGGGCUUGCAAAUGGGAUCGGUUCUGGAAUAAAAGUGUUGGGUGAUGGAUUGAAGUUAGGACUGGAUGGCACAUCACAAGUAGCACCUGAAAUGGCUAGUGGAGUUGUUUCUGGGAUAAAACUAGUAGGUGACGGAUUAAAACUGGGAGUUGAUGGAACAACAAAUGUAGGUUCUGGAAUUGCCAAUGGAAUUGGUUCAGGAAUCAAACUUUUGGGUGAUGGACUGAAGUUGGGAGUGGAUGGCACAACCCAAACAGCUUCCGGAAUAGCAAAUGGUGUUGGUUCUGGUAUUAAACUAGUUGGUGAUGGAGUUAAACUGGGAGUUGAUGGUGCAACAAAUGUAGGUUCAGGAAUUGCCAAUGGUAUCGGCUCAGGAAUUAAACUUUUGGGAGAUGGACUGAAGUUGGGACUGGAUGGCACAACACAAACAGCUUCUGGAAUAGCGAAUGGCGUUAGUUCUGGUAUUAAGUUAGCUAGUGAUGGAGUUAAACUGGGGGUUGAUGGUGCAACAAAAGUAGGCUCAGAUAUCGCCAAUGGCAUAUUAAGUUCAGGAGUAAAAUUGAUCGGUGAUGGUGUGAAAUUGGGAAGUGAUAUUGCAUUGCAAGGUUCUUUGGGGCUUGCAAAUGGGAUCGGUUCUGGAAUAAAAGUGUUGGGUGAUGGAUUGAAGUUAGGACUGGAUGGCACAACUCAAGUAGCACCUGAAAUGGCUAGUGGAGUUGUUUCUGGGAUAAAACUUGUUGGUGAUGGAUUAAAACUGGGAAUUGAUGGAGCAACAAAUGUAGGUUCAGGACUUACCAAUGAAAUUGGUUCUGGAAUCAAACUUUUGGGCGAUGGACUGAAGUUGGGAAUUGAUGGAGCAACAAAUGUAGGUUCAGGACUUACCAAUGAAAUUGGUUCUGGAAUCAAACUUUUGGGUGAUGGACUGAAGUUGGGAGUGGAUACUACAACACAAACGACUUCCGGUAUUGCUAAUGGUAUUGGUUCUGCUAUUAAACUGGCUGGUGAUGGGAUUAAAGUGGGAGUUGAUGGAGCAACAAAAGUAGGUUCAGAUGUUACUAGUGGGUUAAGCUCAGGGGUAAAACUUGUUGGUGAUGGAUUGAAAUUGGGUGUUGAUGGUGUAGCAAAAUUAGCUUCAGAAGUUGUUGCUAAUGGCAUUGACACAGGCGUUAAAGUUGUAGAUGGUGGAUUGAAAUUAGGACUUGAUAGUUCAUCAAAAAUGGGAACUGGGGUAGCUGAUGGAUUAGUUUCAGGUAUUAAAAUUAUUGGUGAUGGUGUGAAAUUAGGAAGUGAUAUUGCAACUUUAGCUUCUUCAGGAGUUGCCAAUGGUGUAGGCACUGGAAUUAAAAUUUUAGGUGAUGGACUAAAAGCUGGUAUUGAUGGUGUGACCCAAGCAACUACAGGGUUAUCCAAUGGGAUCGAUUCUGGUAUUAAUGUGGUAGGUAAUGGUGUGAAGGUAGGAGUUGAUAGAGCUACUCAGGCCGCAGUAGGCCUUACAAAUGGAAUAGUUUCUGGACUGAGGUUUCCUUUUCUUCUUGGAAGCAGAUUUUCUGGAACUAAUGGAGCAAAUAUUAAUCUUGGAUCUCAGUCUACUUCAACUUUGGGAAGCAAUCUGCAAAGUGGAGUUGCAGGAGGUUUGAGAAGUGCUUUUGCGCCACUUUCUAGAUCGUUUCUUGCAGGACGCAGAAACUAUAACAAUGCCUAACAUUUUAUUGAAUUACUCUUGAAAGUAAAUAUCUGAAAUUGAGUAAUAAGCUGAAAUCAGAGACUAUUUUACACAUCUAAGUAGGCUUUAUAUUGUAUAGAAUUUAUGCCCAAUAUUUAUGCAUCUUUAAUAAUUUAAUGUUGAUUUAUGUAUUUCUGAUGUAUUUUGUAUAAUUGUAGGUAUAUUACUUUAGUUGCAUUAGAUUAUGGUUAGAAAUUGUUGUUCCAACCCUCUUACAAACAUGACCGUUAAUUGUUAUAGUUUCGUAAUCCACAAUAUCUAUCAGAAGAUUGUCUAUUAUUAGUAUAAUAUGGUAAUAUCUUUGUUGAUAUUAUUUGUCUUUAAUGUAAACAAUAAAAUAUUAUUUAUAAAAUGUCUAUUUUAGAGUAUGUCAAAAUUGUAUUUUUUACGCUGUAGAUGUGUUACCUUUUUUUCUUUAGUUUCUACACUAAUAGAAAAUUAUACAAUAAAUUUGCUAUACAAAUCUUACAAUGUAAUUGUCUUAAAAAUAAACUAAAUUACUGUAA